AUGGUUCAGGAAUUAAAGACUGGUGAUUUAGUUCUAUGUAAAGUGGGAUACUUCCCACCUUGGCCUGCGGUGGUUUUCCCUCAAAGAUUGUUAAGAAAUGAUGUUUAUCGUAAACGAAGGCCGAAUUGUAUUGCAGUUUGUUUUUUCAACGAUCCAACUUACUAUUGGGAGCAACCUCAUAAGCUAAGACCAUUCGAACCUAAAAUGGCCGAAAACUUUCUGCAGCAGGAAGCCUCGACGUCUCAGGAAGAUUUGAUCGAGGCUUAUAGACAAGCCCAAAGUUUUAGCAGCUUAGAGGAUUUCAUAGUGAGUAGAUUGAAAGAAGAGGAUAGGUUUGGUGAAUUAAAGGAGGAGUUGAACAGAGAAACUAUAUUACCGGGAGAAGAUCCCUUUAUGAGUAAGGCAGAAUCCAAGAAAAGAAAAUCAAUACCAACUAAUACCAGGAGCAAAAAUAAACGAAGCAUAAAGCCAGAAGAAGAAGAAGAAGAAGAACAAGAACAAGAAAAUAGGAACAUUAACGAUACCCAAUCAUCAGUGGCAGAUGACAAAGAUGAUAGUGCUAAAUUGAGCAGGAGUAAUAACACAAAUAAUAAUAAGAAGAGGAAAAGAUCAAAGUUGGAUCGAUCACGAAAGGUGGAAAUUUCACUUUUAAUACGCCGCAGAUUACAACAAAAUUUAGUUCAAAGGGACUCACCACCUUCUAAGCAAGAAAUCUUGGAUUCUCAUAAACUUUUGAACAAAAUAUCUGAAAAUUUGGCUUGUGAUCCUCCAUUUUUCGAUAUCGAUGCUCUAAGAGAAUCCAAAUUGCAUAAACUUUUGAAAGUGAUUGUUAAUGAUCCUGACUUAGAUGAAUUUCAUCACAUUUGCAAAGACAUAUUAAUUCAUUGGGUUGACAUAAUUGCAGAAUUGAAGGCAGAAAAACUUGCCAACGAUCAAAAGCAACAACAGCAACAACAACAACCUCAGGACCAUGCACCCACUGAGACUACCAUUGUAUAA